AGGAUCAUCCAAUCUCUCGAGGACACGGUAUCUUCUGGAGUACCUGGGGCCAUCGAGACUGGCUCAACACAGCCCGAAAAAGCCACGAAUGUUAUCGAGUCCGAGACGUUAUCGGACCAGCUAGGUCCAGGCGAAGCCCAGCCCCAUCCGGACGACGACGAACAAGCGAACGAGUGGCACCCAACCGGGGUAGCAGAUGACUCCGCUAUUAGCGUCGUACCCCCGAACAAUCAACUCCAAACCUCGAUCUCACGCUUGGCGACAGUGGGCCUGAGCGUGUUAUAUCUAUGCCCUCCGUGGAAGAAGGCACUCCAGAACAUAUCAUCUCGAUACCUCCCGAGACCACUGUUAUCACGUCUGAAUCCCAAGCCGUAACGGGCGAUUCGGUCGAUUUGGUUGAUACCGAGCAUACACCCGCCACCGCGAAGAUCCCCAACACCAUUGCUGCAUUGAGUGAACCUUCAACUACAGUGCUGACUGAUGAGCUGGUUCCUAGCGCUAACGAAGAUCAUGUACGAGAAGUCCCCCAAGUAGAAAAUGUUGAUGUUCUGGCUGAUCAGUCGACGGUGGGAUUAACAACCGAAGACGGACAAUCCCCUGCCAUAAUCGAGGAACGUGCUCCCGCUCAAGAACCUUCCAUUCAUUUGCUCGAGCGAUCCGUAGAAGAGUCUCCGGUCAAUGAGGAAUCCGUCUCACCGGUGGGAGACCUGCCUACACCAGAUGGUGCACAUGCGGUCCUACCUUCGGAGGCACUCGAUAGGGAUGGAGAUUUGCGCCGCGAAGUUCUUAGCUCCUCGGACCAGGUUAUCUUACAUUCCGAUCUUCCUGGAGAAAUAGCCCCCCCUCCAGAAGAAAUAAUCACGUCCGCCGAUGGAUUGGAUGACAAUCAAGGUAAUGGGAUUUGGAACGUGCCAUGUCCAUAGCUGACGAUGUUACCCCCAGACACAACCCCUUCGGGUGCAGUUACCGGCUCUGGACACGGUCCAGAUGCACAAGACUCCACUGCUCCGGCUCCGACCACCCCUUCGGGUCCAGUUGGUGACGACACUGACCUUCAAGAGACGAUUUUUAGUAUUGGGGGAUCCUCAAAUAUCGACUCGACCAAACAAGUUGAGCCACCUCGAGUGAUCACUGGCCACAUCAAUAAGGCGGAGCCCACUGUGAGCAGCGAUAACUUGGAACCGGCCGUCCGAACAUCAGUGGUGCAAGCAGCAGAUCAAUCGCUAUCCCAGCUAGAGGAUAAACCAACCGUCCAAGUCGUCCAAGAUCC